UGUCAAAUUAAUGUCAAAAUGAGCUUUCCAAUUUAAUGUCCGUAACAUUUUGUAAAUAAAUAUUAAUUCUAAUAAGUAACAUUUAUAUCAUUCCAUAUCGUAUAAAAAUGGCUCAUAUACAGUUUGUGGAUGAAUUGGUACGAGAAUAUUUACUUUUUCGUGGUUUUACAUCAACUGUUAAAGCAUUUGAUAAUGAUUUGAAGGCUGAUAAAGACAAAGGAUUUAGAGUUGACAAAAUUGUGGACCAAAUAUUACAUUACGUUAAUGUUUCCGACCUCGCUGGCCUUAAGGAAUAUUGGUCGCACUUAGACAGCUUGGUAUUUUCAAAAUUAGAGGUACACGUGCAACCAGCUGUACGUAAAAUAGAAUAUAGCUUGUAUAAAAUGUAUUUAGUAACAGCAGCACAAAGCACGGGAGGUGUGAGAAAUGAAAAAGUAUCUGAGUUUUUGUCAAAAAUGCUGCCAGAAUUACAAGGUCAAAAUGAGUGGAAAGAAUGGUUUAUGUUGCCAUAUAUUCAGAAACCAGAAGAAAACCCUUCAUUCAGCUUAUACUUCACACGAGGUUGGCAGGACAGUGUACUGGUGUCGCUACACAAUCUGUUGGCGACGGUCUUCCAAUGCAUGCCACAGCCCACACUCACCAGCUAUGAAAGUGAUGCAACUUUGGUGAAGAAAUUACAGGAUGAAAUUACAGCACUCAGAGGCAAGAUGCAGCAACAGUCUUUAGAUAAGACCUCACCAAUAGGCCAUCAGUCCCGCUUAGCCCAGUACUCUGAUAGACUCAGUGGGCCCAUGCCUCUAGUUGAUGACUUCUGUGCAGUCCCAGCAGAACAGCUUGACAGUGGCCUACGAGAAGCACGAGGUCUACGAGGUCUUCUCCGACAGAUGGGUGGAAGUCCAGUUAUGGGACGUAAAACACCAAGAUCUCAAAGUCAGAAUUGAUUGUGGGGUACUUUUUAUAUUUCAAACAUUGUGAAGUUUUGUGAUUUGAGAAGAUUAUUCAAAAGUUCUGCACAGUCCAAUACCAAAGUUGAAAAAGACGAUAUUGUGGAAGUAAAGAGAUAAUGUGCUAAGUGAUUCUUCUGAUAGUUUAACGAUCUGUAUUUUAAGCUAGAAAAGUUAUUCUGACCUGUCCAAAUGAUAUUUGUUUUAAAAUUCUAGAGAUACAUAAUUCUUUUUUAAUUGUUGAUCAAAGUUAGAUGGUAUCUGUAACUUAGCUAUUGUUUGAAAAUAUUGACUGUUAUAUUUUGACUUCUUUAUUCCCUACAUUUAUUUUAAUUUUCAUAAGAACCUUUUUCAAUUCAUAAGCUGACCAUAAUGUAUUUAAAAAGCAAACCGUCCACAUAGACUAGAGUCACGGAUUUUCCAAACCUUGUAACCAAUUGUUCUAGAACCAAUAAGUAUAUUUAAUAAUAUUGUGUGCAUGUUUUUUAAGACUUACUUGUUGGUAUAGAUUAUUAUAAAAUUUAAAAAAUCCUCUAAACCUCAAUAAUUAUAGACAUAAAAUAUGUUUGCAACAGUAAUUAUUAUUUAAAGGUAAUAUUAUAAUAUGAAAGAAUGUCACCAUUGUUAUUUAAUUUAUUUUAUUUGGACUAUAU